GUAGACUUCCGAGAUAUUCAUUUGUACAAACCCUUUUUAGAUAUGAUGUGGUCACUCAAUCGUGGUUUGCAGUUUAGUGUACAGCAUUUGAGGCCAAGCUGUAGACUGUGCUCUGUGGCUGCUAGUCGAUGUUGGAAAUGCAACACCGCGGGAUCAAACGGUUUCUUCUGUGCUUCUUGCGGGGUUCUGCUAGAUGUGUCUCAGGAUAAUUACUUCUCUUUGUUUCAACAAAAGAAAGGCUUUACCAUUGACUUCGUAGAACUAACAAAAACUUAUCGACAAAUCCAAAGUCUCAUACACCCGGAUAAAUUUGGUCAACGCUCGGCUGAAGAGAAAACUCUAGCUCUAGAAUGGAGUGCACUAAUCAACAAAGCUUAUAAGACCCUUUCUAAACCCUUGGACAGGGGCACCUAUUUACUGAAGCUCGAAGGAGUUACGAUAUCGGAGGACAAUUCUUCCAUCGAUCAUUCAUUUCUGCUACAAAUGAUGGAGUUUAAUGAGUCGGUAGAGGAUGCUCAGAGCGUAGAAGAACUACAAGAAUUGGAACAAGAAAUUUCUAAUCGCACACAAAAGCUAAAUGGCGAGCUGGAACAGCUGUUCAGUGUUAAUGAUAAAGAAGCGGCAAAACUCGUCAUAAUCCGAUUAAAAUAUUUGCUCAAUAUUGAAUCAACUAUUAAAGAAAAAGUUUUAAGAUUAAGUUUAAAGGCGCCAUAGAUUAAGU